AUGUCGAUAAUAUCCGGGCGCGUCCCGAUCUCCAUGCCACCACGAUUGGCCGUCAAGCCGGCUUCGCGGCUGCUGCUCAGUCAAUCAUGUUUUGGCUCGCAAAGGAAGACAGUCCUUGAUGGCAGCUCCUUUGCCUACACAUGGCUCACGAAGACGCCUGAACAAAUUACACCAGAUGACGUGCUUUCGAGUAUCCCUCCUAUCCCAGCUUCCUUAGCAGAGCCAGGAAACGUUCCCGUUCUUUUCGUCACUCCAAGUUUCGCUCCGUGGAUUGAUCCCUCCGGUGAAUUCCUUGAGCAAUGGAUGAACCGACUCUUUCACAAUUCCCCCGAUUCCCGUUCGGCACCCCUUCAUGCGAUCGCAGCUAUCAUCGAUCGAAUCCCUGAUUCCCGUGUGCCUGGAAAUGGAAUACUUGAAUCAGAGGGUCUGUCCCUCAUGUUCGUGAAGGAAGAGAACAUCCAAGGAAAGGCCGCUCCGCCUCGUCGUAUCAGGAGCACAGGAUCUGAGGAGUCCGCUCUCAUAUUUUCAGUCCAAGCCGGGGCACCAAACCGUUCUGGAGAUGCAGUUCAUAGACCAAUCUAUGAAGUGGGACUACGCCUUGCCAACACCAUAUUCAUCAACGGCAAUGAGAAUACCCUUUUUGGAAUGCGCUGGGCUCUUGACUCUGUUUCAAACAAACUGAGCCUAGACCAGUCCAUUGAUCUUACAAACUGUGUCCUGAAUACAUCCGCCAACUUCGUGCACGACAAAUUCGAGCUUCCACUACACCCCGUCAGUCAGCGAAGAAAGGUUGUAUCCAGUAUGGGUAAUAUUUUGCGUCAGGUAUCGAAAUCUACCGAUGGAAAUUCAAAGGCCCCGAUGCCGGCUUCAUCUGAACUGGAGAAGGAGCUCCCUCGCUACAUAGCUGAGCACAACAUUGAAGACCGAAGGGUUUCUGUUUGGGCACUGGUUGAGCGGCCUGAUGCUGAUGCUCUAAAUGAAACCGAUUCUGCGCAAGAUCGCCUGGACAAGGCCAUUCGGGCUGGUGGAAAACUUCACCGCGUGAUGAGCGGUGGAGGUGGAUGGGGCAAGAAGCAAGGUCUACUUUCUCUGGACCCAGAAAUCAGGUUCUUGACCACGGCCGACCAAGGGAAUCUUUUGGUUCUGAAUAAUCUGUUUGAUCCAAAUGCAGACACACUGCCGGGCUUGCCUCCGUUGGACAAGGGAUUGAUAAUCGAUGAUCUAUCCCUUCUCUCCCAGGUUGCCAGAGAGGAUGACUACAUUCAGUUCUUUGUCUCGGUAGAGCCAAAGUUGGAUCAAAAUGAUGCGUUACCAAAGGUCCAAGAAGGAGCCAUCUCGUGCCAUUUUGGUGUCUUGUCUGACCCUGAGAUACUCGAGGAGUCUGUCGAUAAUAUGGCCCAGAUAGAUUUGGCCGCGCUCCCUAACUACUUUGGGGCAUUAUCGGAAAAAGCAAUCACAUACUUGCAGCCCGUCAUCGAGGCAGAGGGAGAGAUACUAGAAUCUGGCACUAAACUUGAUGUGCCUGGAUCGAGAGUGGACCUAAUAGUUGCGUGA